UGGCUUUCUCUGAUCCAAACAAAACCUUUGGGAGCAGUUAAAGUGAAAAACGUCGCCUGUCGGUGCUAUGCGUGGGUCGCUACGGAGAGAAACUUCAUCAUCUGUGCUGCCGUUGGACACGAGGCCAGUCAGCGAGGGUGCGAGCAACUUCGGUGCGGCUUCGGCCUGAAGAACUUCAGCCAAGGUGCAAGUCUACAUCCAUCUGCCUCCAUGUCUACAGUUCUGCAGCAGCUGGGUGUCCAAAUCAGCGGCCAAGGUUUUGAGAAAGGACUGCUACAGUAACAUUUCACCAUCAUGCAUAAUCAUGCAUAUCAGGUCAGACUGUGUCAUUAUAGUUCGUUAAGACAGAGGCAAGGAAAGUCAAAGAAGAGUUAUGUGUAAAAGGGUUUCUGAAAUGUUUACUCAGUCACACUAAUAUUAUUUGGUGUUUGAUAUAAGAGGGUUGCAAUUGUUAAGUCCCUGUCUUUGUUAACUACUUGAAAGAUACAGUCAAUAUUACCAAUAUUACUGUGAAAAUGGCAACUGAAUUAUGUGAUUUGGAGGUCAUUAUUGAAGCUUUAAAGUCUGAAAAGGCUCAGUUAGAAAACAAGUUAGAUAGUGACCCCGAGGAUUCAGAAAGGGUACAGGUUGAAGUACGUCUAGGGGAGAUUUGUGCAGAUCUUGAAAUACACAAAAUCGGAUUACCCCAACCAGGUCCUCCUGGUGAACCAGAAGUUAGACGUUCUGAGAGGGAGAAACAUUUGACUGAAAAGAUGCUUGAGCUUAAAAAAGAUGAGUUGAUAGAUAAGGAGAGAAGUUUUUUGUCAACUUACAUGCGCUUUAAGACAGAAGUUCAGCUGACCAGGUCCAAACUCAAAGUGCAGUGCUCUAAAGCAGAGUUAGGUGACAGGAUCCGUGCGAUUGAUCAAUGUGAGUUAGCUGUAAAAUGUGAUUAUGACGCUAUACGUGUAUUAGCAGCACCAUCUCAAGACAUAAGAAGGAAAAUGGAUAGUUGCUCUUCAGUCUCUGCUGAACUCAUUCUCCUACUGAAAAGGCGUUAUGCAAAUGUAGACAAGGAGUUUGAUACGGAAACUGUGAAGGAAUCACUCCAGAAGUUACUACAAAGACAGGAUGCAAAGUCAAUAUAUGGUUCAACAGUAUCAAGAGCUGGAAAAAGUCAGUGCAGCUCAAGUCAGCAAAGCAGUCAGUUAACUGCAAAAAGAGCAGAAGCUGCUGCACGUUUAGCUUCAAAACGGGCUGAAAUUAGUAGAGAAAUGGAAAUCUCUGCCCAAAGACAAGAGAUAGUGGCUCAACAGGAAAAGUUGAAAAUGUUGGAAAAUCAAAGAGAUCUUGAGGCAAUAGAAGCUGAAUAUAAUGUUUAUGCUGAAGAGGAGUCAAAGGCGAAUGCUGAAAUAAGAGAGUGUGAAAGAAGGUCCACUUUGUUAAGUCAGCCCUCAGUACAGCUAAACAAUAGCCCAUGCCCCCAAGUUCGUUUGAGUUCAGUCCCAGCUGCCUUUCCUGUUACAAGAAACACUCAAAUCUCAACUAGAGUUUCUGUUCCUCAAACUAGUGACAGUAAGAUAGCAGUGAAAGAUAGUGAGAUGUCCUUAGUUGAAGCACUAAAGGAAUCCCUGACUAUGACGAGACUUCCAGCUCCAGAGCCAUUUGUGUUCACUGGAGAUCCACUGAAGUUCAUAGAGUGGAGCACUUCUUUUAAGGCUCUUAUUGAGACGAGCUGUGCAAAUUCAGCACAUAGACUGUUCUAUCUGAAAAAAUACAUAAGUGGAGAAGCACUUAGUGUGUUAGAAGGAACAUUCUAUCGCAGCGAUGACGAAGCCUACACACAGGCUUGGGAGGCCUUAAAUAAACGUUAUGGCCAUCCUUUUGUUGUACAGAGAGCAUUCAGGGGAAAACUAAAUAGUUGGCCAAAGAUUGGGUCAAGGGAGUCACUCAGACUAAGGGAGUUCAGUGAUUUCCUUAUUUCUUGUGAAAAUGCUAUGCCCUAUGUGCAGGGUCUCAGGGUUUUAGACGAUUGUGAGGAAAAUCAAAAAAUACUCAGAAAACUACCCGACUGGGCAACAACUCGAUGGAACAGACAUGUGACAAAAGUGUUGGAUGAAGGAAAAGAAUAUCCAGGGUUUGCAGAGUUUGCGGAAUUCGUAGCUGAGGAAGCACGAAUAGCAUGUAACCCAGUCUCCUCUCUGUUUGCAUUAAAGGCCUUCGAAAAACCAGAAAAGGAGCAAAAACGCCUUAAAGCGAAUGUCCUAGCUACAACAAAGGUGACCAAAACUUCAAAGACCUCUAGUGCAGCACAGAGCAACAAAGCUAAAACUGAAAUGUCUUCAGCUUGGAACAAAAAGCAGAUUGAAUGCAUUUGCUGUAAGGAAAGUCACUUCAUUUACAAAUGUGAAAGGUUUGCAGCAAUGCCACUCGAAGAAAAGAAGAAAUUUGUUACUGAAAACAACAUAUGUUUCGGCUGCCUUAGAGUUGGACAUUUUUCCAAAAACUGUCGUCAGAGAGCUAACUGUAAUAUUUGCAGGAAAGGUCAUCCUACUCCACUUCAUGAGGAUCGUGUCCAAGUGGAAAAAUCUGAAACGCCACCACCAGAGGAAAACACGUUGGCUGUGUCGAACAACGUGACAGUGGACAAAAGUGAUCGAACUUCAAUGAUUGUUCCUGUCUGGCUGUCUUGUGCAAAAGGUAAUAAACAGGAAACCUUAGUUUAUGCUCUGCUAGACACACAAAGCAGCAAUACUUUCAUUGACCAAGGAAUCUGUGAAGGAAUUCAAGCAGUUACAGAACCUGUGAAGUUAAAGCUCACAACCAUAACAGACAAAGGUUCUGUCGUGCCAAGUCACAGAGUGAGUGGACUUCGAGUAAGAGGAUACCGCUCACAAGAAUACAUAGGGCUCCCACCCACAUACACUCGUGAAUACAUUCCAGUUGAACAAAGCAGUAUUCCAACUUGUAACACUGCAAAAGCAUGGCCUCACUUGCACAGUAUUGCGAAGGAAAUGCCCAAUCUGUUAAACUGUCCUGCAGCACUUCUGAUUGGUUAUGAUUGCGCAAGAGCUCUAAAACCAAGAAAGGUGAUAGCAGGCAAUGACUAUGACCCCUACGCUGUAAAAACAGACUUAGGUUGGAGUAUAGUGGGAUUUCUUUCUCCCUUCAUACUGACCGGAAAACAAAUCCUUCAAGAAAUGUGCAAACGAGGCGUUGGAUGGGAUGAACCCGUUCCACCUGCACUGGAAACUAAAUGGAAAGCAUGGCUCCUUGAUCUUGGAAAUUUUUCAAAGAUUAAAAUACAGAGAUGCUUCAUUCCUGAAAACUUUGGUGAAAUCCAGAAAAUAGAGCUGCAUCAUUUCUCAGAUGCUAGCAGUAGUGGUUACGGGCAAUGUUCAUAUAUUAGACUUGUAUCAAAUGACAAGGUACACUGUACCCUGGUCAUAGCAAAGGCCAGAGUAGCACCCACGAGAGUAGUCACCAUACCACGCCUUGAGCUCACUGCGGCUGCAGUUUCUGCAGGAGUAAGCAACUUCCUCAGAGCAGAGCUAGAGUUAAAGAUAGAUGAGGAGUUUUUCUGGACAGAUUCCAGGGUAGUGCUUGGCUACAUAAAAAAUGAAGCACGCAGAUUUCAUGUCUUUGUAGCAAAUAGAGUACAAAAGAUCAGAGACCUCACAGAUCCGAAUCAAUGGUUCUACAUUGAAACAGACCAAAAUCCAGCAGAUCACGCAUCUAGAGGACUAAAGGUGGCAGAGCUCACUGAAUCAAACUGGAUCACUGGACCAAGAUUUCUUUGGGAGCAAAGGCUGGUCACUAAUCCACUUCCUCCUGAGCUUUUAGUUGGAGAUCCUGAAGUGAAAGCUCUAAAAACACAGGCCUCGGAGACGGACGGUUUUCUGGAGAGGUUCUCUAGAUUUUCAGACUGGAAUACUGCACUUAAUGUUGCUGCAAGAAUAAAAAGACUCACGAAAAAAGAUAAAACAGGACCAGUUAGUGUUGAAGAGAGACAGGCAGCAUCUUUAGCACUCAUAAAAGCUGCACAGAGAGAAGCCUUUGAACAAGAGUUAAAACAACUGAGUCAAAGUGCAGUCAAACUGCCCAAAACAUACAAGUUGUACCAACUUGAUCCCAUUCUUGAGAAUGGUCUACUUAGGGUAGGGGGCAGGUUAAGAAAAUCCACUGCAUCAUUUGAACUUAAACACCCAGUGAUUCUUCCUAAGGAAGGCAUUGUCACUCAACUGAUUCUUGAUUAUUGUCACAAGAAGGCACAACAUCAAGGCAGAGGUCAAACUCUGAACACCCUCAGAGCCAAUGGGUACUGGAUUAUGGGUGUCAGCAAGGUUGUGGCUAAGCACAUCAGAAGUUGUGUGACAUGCAGAAAGGUGAGAGGGUCAACAGAAGAGCAGCGAAUGGCUGAUUUACCACCAGAAAGAGUAGAUCCCUCACCCCCUUUCACAUACACCGGUCUAGACUGUUUUGGCCCCUUUUUCACCAAACAGGGUAGAAAAGAAUGUAAACGUUAUGGUCUAUUGUUUACCUGUUUGAGCUCCAGGGCUAUUCAUAUUGAGAUGCUGGAAGAUCUCUCCACGGACUCGUUUAUAAAUGGGUUAAGAUGUUUCAUUGCCAUCAGAGGGGCAGUUAGACAGAUUAGAUCUGAUCAAGGGACUAAUUUUGUCGGCGCAAAAAAUGAGUUCGAAAGGUGUCUUUCAGAACUAGAUAAGGACAGGAUCGCUACCUAUUUAGCUAAAAACCAGUGUGACUUUCAAUUGAAUGUUCCCGAUGCAAGUCACCGAGGUGGUGUUUGGGAACGCCAAAUCAGAACUGUGAGGAGUGUUCUGAGUUCUGUUCUGGCACAAGCCGCUGGAAGGCUUGAUGACUCGUCUUUAAGAACCAUGUUUUACGAGGCAAUGUUGAUCGUAAACAGUCGUCCCCUAACUGUUGAGACAAUCAAUGAUCCAAAGGAUUUCGAGCCUUUAACGCCUAACCAUCUGCUUACGAUGAAAGAGACAGUGCCACUUCCACCUCCAGGUAGAUUUGCCAGAGAAGAUUUAUAUGCCAGAAAGAGAUGGCGCAGAGUGCAGUAUCUCACAGAGCUUUUCUGGCACAGAUGGCGCAAGGAAUAUUUAACCAACAUCAGCCUGAGACAGCAAUGGCAUGCUACCAAAAGAAAUGUAAAGGUAGGAGACUUAGUGCUAGUCAAGGAAGACAACCUUCCCAGGAAUGAGUGGAAGCUAGCAAAAGUAGUUGGAGCAGACAGAGAUGAUGAUGGUUUAGUGCGAAAGGUUAAGAUACAAAUAGGACAAAGAGAUUUGGGUAAGAAGGGUGAACGCUUGAAACAGGUGUCUUUUCUUGAGCGACCAGUUCAAAAACUAGUGGUGCUGGUGCAAAAUGAAUGAAAUGCUCAAAUGACAGUAAAGGGUUCGUACAAUGAUUAUGGUUAUGUUUAAAAAAUUACAAGAUUUUGUUUAUUGUCUAUGUACAAACCUUUUGUAAUUUUGGUGGCAGUGUAGCUGUCGCAAAGAAAAAUGUUUUAUUUAUUGGUAAAAUUUAUUUAUUUAUUUUUUUUUUUUUUGAAAGGUAAGCCAAAAAAUAUAUAUUGUGUUUCACGGAGCUGACCUCUUGUGGUGGAGUGGGAAAUGACAUGUGCAUGCGUUGUUCACAUGGUUAACGAGCAUGUGCUUAGAGAGAGAAGAGAAAAUGAGAGUGCAUGUACACGGAGAACAGCUCGUGCUCAGAAAUUUGACUAACCACUCCUGAAAGUUUGGUCAGAAGGCGCACACGGUAAUUGUGUUUUAUUUAAUGCAUAUUUUGGUUUGUAUGUGUUUGUUUAUUGAUGAAAGAUAUGUUUGUUUUUCUUUAGUUUUUCACGGUGGUUCGUGGUCAUGUUGUAAAAAUUUGCUGCGACGAAAUAAAGGCUUCACAGAACCAUCAGUUGGAGCGUGGCUUUCUCUGAUCCAAACAAAACCUUUGGGAGCAGUUAAAUAUUUUAUUAGUUUA